AUGGACAAUUUGACGGAGAGUGAGCGAGUGAAAUUAAUAGAAUUUCAGAAGCAGCUUGAUUUAGCAGAGACACAUAUACUUAUUUUUAUCGCCAUUUUUACCGUUCUGGGCAACACUAUGGUUUUGGUUGCUACUUGGAGAGAACGAAUUCUUCAUCAACCAAAUAAAUAUUUUAUUGCUUGCCUGGCUGUUGCUGAUCUUUUGGUUGGUAUGUUUGUAGUACCACUAAAGCUGUAUAAUUACAAUAUCGAGUCGAGAUCUGUUCAUCUAUGUCGUUUUAUAGUGUGGAUAGAUACCAUCGCGUUAAUAGCAUCUAUUUAUUCACUGACGUUCAUCAGCUUCGACCGAUAUGUUAAAAUCAGGAAGCCACUUCAGUAUAGAUCACAAAUGACAACUUCCAAAUCAUCGAAAAUCAUCUUUAUCAUUUGGUUCAUUUCAACAGCCUUUGCCACCUACGCCGCCACUCCCCAUUCAGGAAGCUGGGGAAUCUUGCUUACAAGAAGUAAUCUUUGCCCCUACGAUGAUACGAAAGAAAAAGGAUUCUAUACUUUUCUGGCAGUAAGUGCGCUUUUUCUACCCAGCGUAGUCAUACUGGUUAUGUACGCUCUAAUUUAUGUUGUUGUUCAUAAACGACAACAGAUGCUGCGAAAUGGCGAGCUGAGUCAAACUCGUAAUGAUCAAAACCAACGAAGUGCCUUUCUUCAAGAUCUGAAG